AUGGUGCGUCAGCUCCACGACGGCAUGAUGGAGCGGGUCAUGGACAACGGAGCUGUCUCAGAGGCAUUCGCAGUGACCAAUCGUGUGAAGCAGGAAUGCGUUCUGGCGCCCACCCUCUUCACUCUUAUGUUCUCUGCCAUGCUGAUGAACGCUUACCGUGACGAAUGUCCCGAGAUCCGCAUCGCCUAUAGAACGGAAGGCCACCUUCUCAAUCAACGGCGGCAAAACUUCUCGUCUGAGGCAGAUGACGUAUCAUCGGAGAGUUUAUAA